AUGGCGGCAAGUUUAAAUGAGUUGCUUGAGAAGAGGCGAAUCACCAGAGGUCGCUUCACAAAAUAUAUCACUGUGACAGAUACAGCUGCUAAGGAAGCUGAAACACUUGUUGCUGAUGAUGAGUCUAAUGAAAAAGAUGUGCAUAUAGCGAUACGUACAGCUCUUUCUUCAUUCAAAAGGGUUGAGGAAGUUUAUGGGGAGUUAUCAGGAGUGCAGGAUCAAAUAGAUUAUCAUGCAGACAAUGAUGCUCGCCUAAAAGCGGUGAAAGAUGAUGAUGGUGAGGUGAGAUACCUCAAAGCGUACAAUCAUAUGUGUGCUUCGAUACAAGGGUUAGAGGCAUGUUUAUCACCUGUGCAGGAAGCAAGUGAAGCAUCCGGAAAAUCUGCUAAAUCUGAGUUCAGCCCGGAAAUGUUUGCAGAAAGCUUGUCAAAGGCUCUCGCCGGAGUGAGCACUGGCGUUUCUGAGACACAACUAGAAGAAAUUCUUUCUACGCUGACGCACAAGAAGCGAGUUAUUCAGAUCCCAAAAUUCAAGGGCGAUACUGAGCUAUUUGAUCAAUGGCGAGAUCUUGUGGGUGCAGAGGUUAGAAAACCUGGGUACAGUGACGUCGAGAAGACUCAUGUUGUAAUUUCAUUACUCGAUGGAGAGGUAGCAAAGUUGGUGUCUGGUUUGAAAGACCCAAGCUACGAAGAAAUAAUCGAGUUCUUAGAGAAUCGUUACGGAGAUGUGUUAGCUCGCAUUGAGAAGGCUGUCAAUGAGAUAGCUAGUGUUCCAGUUGUAAAAAGUCCCACAGUUCGAGAGUUGGAUCCUGUGCUGAACACACUGGUGGCAAACUGGAAUUACAUUAAGAAGAGGACACACGAUGACCCAGAGCUCAUCCGAUCUAGUUGGAUUCUCACUGCGUUAGUAAGGAGGAAGAUGCCGAAGAGUUUGGUGAGAAAGUGGGACAGCGAACGAAUCAAAGAAGAAAAGAGAACGACAGCUCCGUCCAACCUUCCAAUUCGAAUUGACGACUUGAUCGAGAAGAUCCAAGAUGCAGUGAAGGUUGCUAGAAGGUCAGAGUCCCUUCCAAACGAUCCAAAAAAGGAAAGAUCAUUUGAAAGGCGUCCAUCUGGCCACGCCUUGAAUGUGAUCCCACAAACACAGGAGAGUACCGAAAGUCGGUGUGUCUUUUGUGAUAAUGCACACCAAUCCUAUUCGUGUCCGUCCGUUUCCAAGAUGCGUGUUGAGGAGAGAUGCGAGCGUGUGAAAGCAGCAAGGGCUUGCUUCAAUUGCUUGUCGAGAUUCCACAUGGUAAAAACAUGUCGAUCUAGGGGAUGCAAAUCGUGUAAGAAGAAUCACCAUACUUUGCUCCACUUCGAGAAAAGAAGUGGAAGUGACAACGCUGCGAGAAGUAAUGUAUCAGGUUCUUCUAACCUUACAUCAAAGGUACCACAUCAGAACAAAGUUGAAUCGACUGCAGGACUGGUCAAGUCUACUGGUUCAACGAAUGUCGUCAUGCAGAGCGGCAUAGUCAAACUUGAGUCAAAGUCUAGGGUUGCGGAAGGUCGCGUGUUACUGGACACCGGGAGUGGUGUUACGUUCAUUAGCCGUUCAAUGGCAAAAAGAUUGAAUUUGAGAGGCCCCAAGGUUGAAGGUGAGUUCAUCUUGGCAGGUGGAGAGGUGAUGGCUACCACUACUGAGAAGGUCAAGUUCUAUCUAUCGGGAAUUCUUCCUGGCUGGAAGGGAGAAGUUUUCGAAAUUUCUGCGUACAUUUUGGACAAGCCAAGUGCUCCGAUAAAUGCUGUCAACGUGGAUUUCACCAAGAUGAGUCAUUUGAGGGGUCUACAGCUCGCGGAAAGAUUUCCUAUCCAGGCAAACUCUGAAGUGGAUGUUCUUCUGGGCAUUGAAGACACUCUCAACAUCUUAAAAGAGAAGAGAAUCAGAGGGCCUCCAGGAACGCCCAUGGCACAGAAGACUCACAUAGGCUGGAUCCUAUGUGGGCCGUACUCAACCCAGACCGAAGUCAACCGUACUUAUUGUGUCCACCGCGUCAGCUUCCAAGAACAAAAUGAAACUGAGAUGGCAACCCGUUAUUGGGACCUUGAACACCUGGGCAUUCGUCCUAAUGAGAGUAAGAACUCGACUGAACUUGAGACUUCGGCCUUGGAGCAACACCGAAUGAUGACAACACGAGUAGGAGACCAUUAUGUGACUGGAUUACCACGUCAUCCAAGUUACAAGGAUAGGAUCCUCAAAAGCAACAGAGCCUUAGCUACCAAUCGUCUAAUAGGACUCGAGAAGAGACUGAAGAGAGACCCCAGAUUAGCAUCCGAGUAUGAAGCUCAGAUUCAAGACCUGCUCUCAGCUGGAAGAGCCGAAAAGGUAUUGGAGGAUAGAGAGCCUGACAAUCAUCAGGUUUGGUACCUUCCUCACCAUCCAGUCGUGCGAAGAGAUAAGACGACGACCAAAGUGCGUGUUGUUUUUGAUGGGUCCAUGAUUGGAUAUGAAGGUGUAUCGUUAAAUGAGACAUUGCUGCCAGGGCCAGCAUUGCAGCCGGAUCUCCCAGGGGUUUUGUUGCGAUUUAGACGCCACAGAGUGGCAUUAGUGGCUGACAUCGAGAAGAUGUUCCUUCAAGUUAAAAUGAGAAAAGAGGAUCAGGAUUCUCAGAGGUUCUUAUGGAGAGGUUUGGACAAGUCCAAGGAACCGGAGGUUUAUCGUUUAACAACGGUGACUUUUGGUCUCACUUCAUCACCAUUCUCAAGUAUACAGACGAUUCUUGACCACGUGAAGACAAAGAAGGAAUCAUAUCCAAAAGCUGUCGCUGAGAUCGAAGACAACAUCUUCGUUGAUGAUGUUCUUACUGGUGAGGAAUUAGUAGAAGACGCGGCAACUUUAACAACUGAUUUGAAGACUGUUUUGUAUGACGGAGGGUUUUCUUUGCGAAAAUUUAUUUCGAACAAGCCAGAGGCGCUAUCUCAUUUAGAAGAGAGAGACUUAGCUUCAUUUCACAAGGUUGCAACAUUUGCCGAGGAAAGCACAAAGACGCUGGGCGUGAAAUACUCACCACGUGAAGAUGUCCUCAUGUUUUCCUUCCUUGAGAGAAUGGACGAUAGGCCGGUGGAGACUCGUCGUUCUGUUCUACAGCAGUUACACAGAGUAUACGAUCCGUUAGGAAUGCUUUCUCCGUUCACCAUAAAGGCAAAACAGAUUUUCCAGAGAACAUGGCUGACACAAGGGACAUGGGACGACCCUUUACCCGAGGAGCUAGAUCAUGAAUGGAGGACUUGGAAGGAACAAGUUGAGAUCCUCGAUGAAAUCAAAGUUCCUCGAUGCCUCAAACCUGAAGAUUUCCAGAAUCCAAUUUACUCCCUCCAUGGUUUUGGCGAUGCGUGCGAAGCUUCCUACGGCAGUGCAAUCUAUCUCUUGGCUGAAGAUAGACCAUCUGGAAGGAAGUAUUCUACACUGCUCUUUUCAAAGACUCGUCUGUCUCCUAUUGGGAAGAGACGUAGCAUUCCUGAGCUGGAACUCAUUGCCGCGCUCAUCAAUGCUAGACUGGUGACAUACGUCAGAAAUGAACUCAAGCUGCUGAUAGAGAAGACAACCUGUUGGACUGACUCUCAGGUCGUGUUGCACUGGAUUUCAAAGCCAGCGUAUACAUGGCAAGUUUUCGUUGCUAAUCGGGUGUCAGAGAUUCAACAGCUUGUUAGACCACUGAAUUGGAGAUACGUGCCCGGCAAACUUAAUCCUGCGGACCUAUGCUCACGAGGUGUCACAGCGAGAGCAGUGGUCGACUCCGCACUGUGGUGGGAUGGACCACUGUUUCUGAGGCAAAAGGAAACGGAGUGGCCCCCAAUAAUUGUGGUAUCUAAUGAAGCCGAGAAGGCUAACGAGAAGAAGAAGACAACAAGUACCGCGUUGGCGGUUUUGCCCAGUCAAAGAAUCAAGGACUCCGAGGUAGAACAAUAUGUGGAGAAAUUUUCAGACUAUGAGAAAUUCAUCAGAGUCAUGAUGAGAUUGAGGAGUUGGAUCACACUAUACCGAAGAGACAAAGCAAACAAAGAUGUAGACACUGUCCGAGAUGAGGGGAGUGAUCGAUUGAGUGAGAGGAGGAAGGAAGAACUUCAUUGGAUACAAUGGGCCCAAGAGAAGCAUUUCCAGAAGGAGAUACAGAAGCUUAAAGCUGGAGAGAGUGUAGAGAAGACAAGUGUCAUCGUCCAAUUGAACCCAUAUUGGGAUAAGCGAUCACGAGUUAUCCGCGUAGGUGGUCGCCUCAACUAUGCCCCACUGCCAGAAGAAGUGAAGCACCCAAUCGUUCUUCCGACUCACAAUUCGUUCGUGAAGAUGCUUGUGAUGCAUUACCACAAGAUUACCUUGCAUCCUGGAGCGGCUCAGACUCUAGCAAGUCUACGAAACAGAUAUUGGAUUGUCCAUGGGAAACAAGAGGUGCGGCGGAUACUCAAUACGUGCAAAACCUGUCGAGAACCUCUCAAGAUCGACCAACGAAUGGCACCUUUGCCAGAGGAGCGUAUAUCAAUCGCACCAGCAUUCACUAAUGUCGGUGUCGAUUUUGCUGGGCCACUCUUCGUGAGGGUCACAGUUGGAGGUGAAUCAACAAGCAAAGUGUACAUUUGUCUGUUUUCCUGUAUGGUGACUAGGGCCAUACACCUUGAGCUUGUCGAAACACUGACUACUGAGCAGUUUAUGUUGGCCUUGCGGAGAAUGAUGAGCCGAAGAGGACGAUGUCGGAUGAUGCUGUCGGACAACGCUAAAACUUUUAAGAAGGCUUCAGACAUAGUCCAGAAGAUUUUCAAGAAGCAGGAUGAUGUUAGAGACAAGUUAGAACAAGAGGGCAUACGCUGGAAGUUCAUCACUGAACGUGCUCCAUGGCACGGUGGGUUUUACGAGAGAAUGGUUGGAUCGGUAAAGAGACCAUUGAAGAAGGUUCUCGGGAAAUCGAAGCUCACCCAGAUUGAGCUGAUGACUGUUUUAACGGAAGUAGAGGCAAUGGUGAACUCGCGUCCAUUGACCAUGGUGUCGAGUGAUACAGAGGAUUGGUUGCCCCUCACUCCGGGGCACCUUGCCAUAGGACGAAGCCCCAAGUCUCUUCCGGAGGUUGACAAGGUUACAGCACAGACCACACUUGGCAAGCGUUGGCGGUACCAACAGUCUCUUAUGAAGCAAUUUUGGAACAGAUGGACAACAGAGUACCUUCUCCAACUCCAGCAGAUGCGGAAGUGGACCGAUGUAAGGGACAACCUUCAAGUUGGGGACGUUGUAUUUUUGGCAGAAGAAGGGAUGCGAAAGGGAGACUGGACGUUGGCCAAAGUGGAAGAGUUGCACCCAGGCAGGGACAACUUAGUGAGGUCCGUGACAGUGAGGACAGCUGCUGGUCUGAGACGGCGACCAGUACAGAAGUUAAGGUUACUUGAACCAGUAGAUAAUCAGUAG